CAUUAUUGCUCUGUUUUUAAGCCAAGUUUUGCUGUAAUGGUUACCAUCUGUCUUUCAUUGUGAUUAGUUAAUUAUUUGGUCCUGUUAUUUAUGUACAGCAAAGUUCCCAAGGAGUAUACCGACUAAAUAAACGAACUUUUAACCCUUUCCUCACUUAUGGUUUCUAACCCAACGUUAUUCAUUAGUUCCGUAAGACAACUCAACUGAGGUAAAAAUAUGUCUGUAAAUCAGACAGAUUAAAGAGUUUUACAUUGACUUUUUUAAGCUUGCUCCAUAUACUUGACAACUUGAUUCAGAUCAUGGAUAUUUCACUUCUCAUCACUGAAUCCAACUUAGAAAUAUGUGCAAACAUUCAGUCAUCAAUGGAAGCAUCACUGGCGAAGAUUGGAUUAGAUUAUCAAGAAACGAUAACUGGCGUUAAACAUUUUGAAGACGUAAUCAAAAAACUGAUUGAACUCGAAUUAUUCCAGAAAUCCAAAAAUAUUUCAGAGUUCGUGCAUAAAUUCAUUUUGAUCCCUUUCUUAGCAAAAUUAUGUCAGGCACUUAACAGGAAAAAAAAUAACCAGUGUUCUUACAUAUGGAACUACAUAUAUAUUACGAAACAUUUUCUCACAAAUUUGCGAGUUUUUAUCCCAUUCCAGCAAUCAGGACGUCAAUAAAGAAUUGGUCUCAGUUUUGACAGCACUGCACAACUUGUUGCCUGAAAACUUUUGGCACGUGGAUCAUUUUCCUGACGUCAAGUUACCACUUAUCGCAUGGCAAGAUGUCCUUGGUUGUGACCAUUUUCCUAACGAAAUGAAAAUGUGCGACUGUCCAGAUGACAAGAAAUUUUCUUUCAAACUCAAAUUGUCUGACUUAACGUUAAAGCACUGCAGUACUAGUGACGCCUUGCGGAACAUGUUGAAGGAUUCAGACUCCAUAAAAUUCAUUGCAAAAAGAGCCGGCCAAGAAGGCAGAUAUUUGUCCACAAGGCCUUAUCUAUUUUGGCGUUGAUACAACUUCAAUACCUGCAAAUGUGAGAAGUAAAUAUGCAAAAGAAAACCGCUACGGAGCAACCACAAUUUCUGUAAUGCUUCGCGAUAUUACUUCCAUGGAUAAAUGUGCACUCGUGAAUCUUGGCACGAAAAUAUAGCUCCUUGCCGAGGAAAAAACUUGGCGUAACGAUAAGAAAGAAGAAAGCAGUCGGGUCGUCAACCUACAUAAACUUGAAAGUGAUAAUUCCGACUGUGAAAUAUCUCACUGUGAAAAUUGUUCGGCAUGGACACAUCCAGAAAUCGUUAUCCCUGGAAAUUUGGACAUUCCUCUGGAAAAUGUGAAAAUAUUGUUUGAAAAUCACCACGUCUGUAUUGUGACGCAGGAUGGUCGCCGAGAGAAAUGUAUCGAAUGCCAAAUUAGAAAGGAAAAAGGCGAGUGCAGUGGGAAGCUCGGCGAUUUCUCUAAUAAAUGGAGAAAUUUUAAUUUUUUAUUUGACAGUACUGCCAAUUUAGCUAUACAAAUGUUUGCCUAUAACUACCCAAUUGCUAAAAGACAACUAUUAACGAAGUGCCAAGCCUGUUACAGUAUGUUUACGGGGUCGCAGUUCGAAAAAAUUGAACGUUAUUGGAUUGAGGAAUGCACGGAUUUUGAAAUACUUGAGUGGAAAGUUGGCCAUCAUGAAGAAAUACAGGACGAGAGCAGUCCAGCCAAGAUACACAAGGCAGAAUGACUUCAAUACAGACAUGCCACAAUAGUGUACGUUUAUAAAUUAUAAUUGACUUGUAUUAAAUAAAUAUGUGUAUGGGGCCCUAUUUAACUCAUCGUAAUUCAAUUCCCUUUGCGACAAUGGUUGAUACUUUUUUCCCCGAAUAGAUAAUUUUAAUGAGGAUUACAUCGCGAGGAGUAUAUUAAGGGUAGCAUAAAUAUUAAACGUAAUGCUGUAAAUUUCCUAUAAAGUCGCAAUUUCUCUGACAUCCUCAUUACAUUUCCUAAGAAAAGCUAAAUGAGUAAGAACCCCAUGACACAUGAAGGAAACUUUUUCUCUCUGCCUAUAUAAGUAAAGAUUUUCAUACAAACCUUUAAUGCGUUGGUGUAUAUAUGCAUACAUAUACUGGCAAACAUUGUAUUUCUAUCCAACUACAUAUGUACAUAUGUAUGUAUAAGAAAAUUUUCUUAUGCGUUGCAUUAUUUCCCUGUUUUUAAGCUUACCAUUUGUCAUGCACAGGGGCUGGUUCAUUAUUUGGCCCUUACAACAAAGUGCCUAAUGGAUGGACCAUAUAUGAAUGUAAAAAAGAGGGACGGAAUUUCAACCCUUUCAUCACUUAGGCUUUCUUACGCAACAUUAGUUCAGUAUCACACAACUUCUCAGCUGUACUGUAAACAUUUCCACCGUAAUCGGAUUAAAGAGUUUGAGUUAAACAUACUUUUUCAAGUUUAUGUACUCCAUAUAAAACUCACUGCCUGCUACAUAAAUGCUGAAAAAAUAAAACAACAAAAUACAACCCUGACAGCUUGGUAGUUUUUUUUCAAACUGGUUGCAACAGAUACAUACAUACAACAAUUAAUAUCACCCUAUUUUCAAUGCAGAUCAUGGAUUUGUCAUUUCUCGUAACGACAUCCAACUUAAAAAUAUGUGCAGAUAUAAAGUCAUCACUUGAAAAUUCACUGGCGAAAAUUGGGGCAAAUUAUGAAGAUACGAUAGCCGGUAUUAAAGAUUUUGACGCCGUAAUUAAAAAACUAAUGGUACUCGAGUUGUCCAAGGAAAUCGUACACAUUUCUGAAUUCGCACAUAAAUCCAUUUUAAUCCCUUUCUUAGCAAAAUUGUGUCAGGCACUUAACAGGGAAAAAAAUAACCAGUGUUCACGCAUAUCCAGCAAAAUAUUAGGAAACAACGUUUCUCUAAUCUGCGAGUUUUUAUGCAACAACAAGAACCAAGAUGUCAACAAAGAAUUAGUCUCCGUUUUGACAGCGAUGCACAAUCUGCUGCCUGAACACUUUUUUAAUUUGAAUCAUUUCCCUGACGUCAAGUUACCACUUAUCGUAUGGCAGGAUGUCUCUGGUUGCAAUCAGUUUCCUAACGAAAUGAAAAUGUGCAACUGUCCCAGUGCCAAUAAAUUUUCAAUAAAACUAAAGUUAUUCGACUUAAAGAUUAAGCACUGCACAACUAGUGUCGCCUUACAGAACAUGCUGACAGAUCCAGACUCUAUAGAAUUUAUUGGAAAAAGAGCCACCGAUCCGGUCAAGAAGUCAGAUAUUUGUCCACAAGGCCUCAUCUACUUUGGCGUUGACACAAGUUCGAUAAGUGACAAUAUGAGAAGUAAAUAUGCAAAAGAAAACCGCUACGGAGCAAGCACAAUUUCCGUAAUGCUUCACGAUAUUACCUCCAUGGAAGAAAGUACAUUCAUAAAUCUUGGCACGAAAAUAUAUUUCCGAGAGCAUUCACAGCAAAGGUUAUUAUCUGUGGAUGCUACGGACGAGUGGUGGCUCCUUGCCGAGCAAAAAAUAUGGCAUAACAACGAAAAAAUCAAUCGUGUCUAUAACCUGAAAAAACUUGAAGCUGACAGCUCCGACUGGGACGUAUCUUACUGUCAUCAAUGUUCAGCAUGGACACAUCCGGAAAUCGUUUUCCCUGGAAAUUUGGAAGUUCCUCUGGAAAAUGUGAAAAUACUGUUUGAAGAUUACCACGCCUGCAUUGUGACGGACGAUGGUCGCCGAGAGAAUUGUAUCGAAUGCAAAAUUAGACAGCAAGGAGGAAUGUGUAGGGGAAAAAUUGGCAAUUCUGAGGAAUGUAGAAAUUUUAAUUUUUUCGUUAACACUGCCGAUUUAGCAAUACAAAUGUUUGCCUAUGGCUACCCUAUUGCUCAACGACAAAUGUUAAGGAAGUGCCAAGCCAUUUACAAUAUGUUUACGUGGGAACAUUUCGAAAAAAUCGAACGUUAUUGGAUGGAGGAAUGCAAGGAUUUUGAAAUAUCGGAGUGGAAAGUUGGCCAUUAUAACGAGGAGGAAAUGCUGGACGGGAGCAGUCCAACCAAAAUGCAGAAGGCGGAAUGACCUUAAUAAAUCCGACGGAAUGGUUUGAAGUAAAUAAUUUAUUGGCGUAUUUAUCUCGUGAUUUUUUUGGGGUGUUUGAAUAGCGUGAUUGGGUAAACCACCUGGGCUGGAAUGCAUUUUUGAAGAUUUCAAAUAUUUUUAUUUCGCUACGAUAAUUUGUGUGCAAUAAAUGACAAAUAUUUCAAAACUUCUAUCAGAUAAAGGUUGAUAAAACUGUGUAAUAUUAUUUGAUAAUAAUAAGUGAAGCUAUAACCCACGCUGUUUUGACUUUAUGAUUAAUAAGUUGGCCAAUAUUUAAGUAAUUGUAAUUUUUAAUUACGUAAUAAAUAAGCAUAAACUUUCCAAA